GAGGAGGAGGAGGAGGAGGAGCCGCCGCCGCACCGGAGCCAUCGCUCUUGUCGGGGCCGGGGCGCACCGGCGGGGGGCGGCGGCGGCGGCGCUGCUGCUUCACCCCCCGCACCCCCGGCCCGUCCCGCGGGGCUCCGCCGCCCUCCCUCCCUCCCUGCCGCCCGGUGGAGCCUUCCCGGAGCCCUGAGCCCUGCCCGAGCCCGCCCGGUGCCCGCCAUGCUCUCCGGGGCUCCGCCGCCGCCCGCCGGCUUCCCCAGCCCGCCGCCGCCGCAGCCGCCGCCGCCGCCGCCGCCCGCCGCUCCCCCGCACGGGCCGCCGCCGUUCCCGGGGAAGGGCGGCCUGCAGAUCCGGAAGAAUGCCAUCACGGACGACUACAAGGUCACCACGCAAGUGCUGGGGCUCGGCAUCAACGGGAAAGUUUUGGAGAUCUUCAGUAAGAAGAGCGGCGAGAAGUUCGCGCUCAAGAUGCUGCAGGACUGCCCCAAGGCCCGCAGGGAAGUGGAGCUGCACUGGCGAGCGUCGCAGUGCGCGCACAUCGUGCGCAUCAUGGACGUCUACGAGAACCUCUACCAGGGGAGGAAGUGUCUGCUCAUCGUCAUGGAGUGCUUGGAUGGCGGGGAGCUCUUCAGCCGCAUUCAGGACAGGGGAGACCAGGCCUUCACAGAACGGGAGGCUUCGGAGAUCAUGAAGAGCAUUGGGGAAGCCAUCCAGUACCUGCACUCGAUCAACAUCGCGCACCGGGACGUGAAGCCAGAGAACCUCCUGUACACGUCCAAGCGGCCCAACGCCGUGCUGAAACUCACCGACUUUGGCUUUGCCAAGGAAACCACCACGCACAACUCCCUGGCCACGCCCUGCUACACGCCCUACUACGUGGCCCCAGAAGUGCUGGGCCCAGAGAAGUACGACAAGUCCUGUGACAUGUGGUCCCUCGGUGUCAUCAUGUAUAUUCUGCUGUGCGGGUACCCCCCCUUCUACUCCAACCACGGGCUGGCCAUCUCUCCUGGCAUGAAGAAGCGGAUCCGAAUGGGCCAGUACGAGUUUCCCAACCCCGAGUGGUCCGAGGUGUCAGAGGAAGUGAAGCAGCUGAUCCGAAACCUGCUGAAGACAGACCCGACCCAGCGCAUGACGAUAACGGAGUUCAUGAACCACCCCUGGAUCAUGCAAUCCAUGCAGGUGCCCCAGACCCCGCUGCACACCAGCCGUGUGCUGAAGGAGGAGAAGGACCUGUGGGAGGAUGUGAAGGAGGAGAUGACCAGUGCCCUGGCCACCAUGAGGGUGGACUACGAACAAAUCAAGAUCAAGAAAAUCGAGGAUUCCUCGAACCCUCUGCUGAUGAAGAGGAGGAAGAAAGCCAACCCCCCCGAGCCCACCACGCUGCCCCACUGAGGGCCCUGCCAGCCCUCCAGAAAGCAAUAACUAUAUAUAUAUAUUUUUUAAGGAAAAAAAAAGACAAAAAGAAACAGACUGUUCUAUCGAGCGCAUGGAAUUCAGACAUUUAUACCAGACUAGUUAUUUUUAGCUACUCACCUGUGUUUCUGACCUUUCUGGAGCAGGUGGUGAGAUGCCCCCUCAGAUCCACACCUGCAGCCAGGGAUUUUUUUGUCCUGUAGGUGAACGCCGCCAAUAAUUGGUUUUUUAUUUUUCUUUUGUGAAACAGUUUUGAUUUAUAU